CUGAAAUAAUUACCUAUAACCUACCCUAUUCUCUCUUGAUGGACCCUAGCUCGGAAAUCAAGCCGUCAAGUGGUCAACUGGAUAAAGUCACAGACCGUCUUAGCCUCUACCGCAACCAACUCCUCCAAUCCCCGAUCCACUCUACAGCACAACCCUUCAACAACUACAACGCAGCAUCGACCCUCCCCCAAAAUACCACCGCAAUGUCUCGCGACCCCAUUACCUGUCACGUCCUGAACACCCUGACGGGUACUCCCGCGGCGAACCUCCCAGUGACACUCACCCUCCUAUCUGCACCCUCCAGCAGCAGCCAGAGUCCCAUCACUUUCCAGGCGACGACCGACGCAGACGGACGAGUCAAAAACUGGGAACCCACCACAACUUCAUCGUCCGCUUCGUCGGUCCCCGCUAUCCUUUCUGCACUCCCAACUGCCGAUAGCAAGACAAAUUGGUCCGUUCGCUUUGACGUUGGUCCAUGGUACGAGGCACAAGGUGUUGAGAGUUUCUGGCCCGAGGUCGAGGUGAAGUUUACAGUCAAGGGACGGGGCCGGGAGGGAGAAGAAGGAUGGCGGCAUUAUCACGUUCCCGUGCUGUUGGGACCCUGGAACUAUUCGACUUAUCGCGGCUCAUGACGAAGAGAUACCUAGAAUAGAAGGCAUGGGGCGAUUGUGUAUGGAUAGGACAGAAUAGGAUAGGAUGGGAUCUUAAUCUUAUCGCUGCCGACUACUUAUUAUUAAGUUACUUAAGUUAUUUUAUCGUG